CUUAUUUAAUUAUUUUAAUUAUUGAUAAUAUAAAUUACAUAAAACAUUAUUUCACAUAAUUAAUACUCAGAUUCCAGAUUAACCAAUUAGGCAUUUAUUUUGAUACACGUAGUAGUAAUCAACCAAUCGCGGCCGUUAUUUUGAUCUUAGCGUCAUUUAGACGGCGUCGCUUCAGAGAAGAAAGGUGAAGUUUGGAAAGAGUGGAAUAAUUAUUGCAGUUUGUAUUUGUCAACAAAUAGUAGAAAAAAAAAUGGCAGGCAAAGGAAAACCAAGCUCCAAAUCUGGAACAACAAAUGAACAAGCCCUGAAGAAAAGUCCAGGUAGACCGAAAAGUCCUAGUAGGAAUAAAAGCCCCACCAAAAGUCCUGGUAGAUCGAAAAGCCCUGGUAGGCCAAAGAGUCCGAGUAGAACAAGUCCAGCCAGGACCAAAUCGGAAACUACAAAAGGUAGGCCUCCAACACCUACGAGAACAAGCAGAGUUAGAAGUCCGGCAAGGGUGAAAAAUGCAUCACCUAUCCCUAAAACAUCAACCCCUCUUCAAGUAACUUUAAAAAAGAGUCCUCCUAGGCGAUCUCCGGGUAGAACGACAAAAGAAACUUCAUCUGAUAAAGAAAGAGAUAUUGGUCCCAAAAAACAAAAACUUAUCAUUGAUACUGACACUGACUCUGAUAAUCCUGAAAAUGUUCCAGAAAUUAAGGAAAAACCAAAAGCUACAGUCAGGGGUCGUACAAGGCGCACAGAUAUUGACAAAGAGGAAGUGCAAGAUCUCAAGAAACCUGAUGUAGAUGGCUCUUUUGGCCUUAUGCGCAGAUUUACGCGAUCAUCACAAAAUAAAGAUGUAGACAGAAUUGUUCAUCUAAAACACUUUGAAUCGUUAACAGUAACUAAACGCCUUGGGGAAUUCUCAGAUGAAGAUGAUAUCCUAGAUAAAAAACAAAAUGAAUUAAAAGAGUAUAUUGGUAACAAAAAUUUUGUAGAAUUUAUUAAUGUAUACGGUGCCUUAAUAUUGAUACCAGCAAUACCUUUGACUGUGUUAACUUUAUAUACAUUUUGUACUCAAUCUAAGUGUACAUUUACUGGUUUACCAAAUUUGGGCAAUUUUAAAUUGUUUUCGACUUAUUUUGAUGCAAAAUCCACUCUUGGUGUCUCUGCAUACUACACACUUUUGGCUAUAUUAACAGCUGUGCCAUUGGGUGGUGUAAAAGUAAACGGUCCACCAAAUAAAUAUGGAAAAUUCGAUUAUGUUUUAAAUGGAUUACUGAGCUUCAUAGUACUUCUUUUUAUUUUUGCUGGGUUGCAGUUCAAAAAAAUUGAUGUUGCCAGCUAUGUAGUUAAUCAUAUAUUCCAAAUUUUAAUUUCUUCAAUAUUUUUUGGUAUAGUUGUAUCAAUAUGGGCUUAUAUAAGAAGUUUUUAUGUACCUGUAAGUGCUCUUAAUAAAUAUGCGGUAGGAAAAAGAGGGAUAUAUAGUUUUUUAAUUGGUAGAGAAUUAAACCCCAGGGUGUUUUCUAUUGUUGAUUUGAAGUUGAUGUUCUUCAGGGCAUCUCUGAUUGCAACUAUCCUGAUUGAUUUUGCUUACCUAUCAAAAUCCCUAAGCCCUCAAUUUACCAUUCAAAAUGCAGAAACCACAGUUACUAUCACACCAAAACUCUUAACCCUUCACACUACACUCUUUGUUUUCACAUUCCUACACUGUUACUAUUUUCUGGACUCCUUGAUAUUCGAAUCAUCUUGGUUGACAUCUUUUACCAACCAACAAGAAGGUUUUGGAUAUCUAUUAGCAAUGUCCUAUUCUGUGGCGCCCUUCUUAAAUACUCUUUCGAUUAAAUACGUUUCAGAGAAUAAUAUAGAAUUGGCAUCAUGGAAACUAGUUGUUGCUGUACUGGUUUAUGCAGCUGGAAUGUUUUUAUAUAGAAGAAGCAACAAUCAGAAAGAUGCCUUUAGGAAGAACCCAUAUAGUCCAGCUUUAGCACAUCUAGAGACAAUCCCGACCACCCAGGGCAAAAAACUAUUGGCAUCAGGCUUCUGGGGCCAUGUCAGACAUCCGAAUUACGUUGGCGACAUCAUCAUCCACCUGUCAUGGGUGCCAUUUGUACUAUGCACUCUACCAUUGCUGUCGGUUCUUAUCUCAGUUUUGAUACUCGUCCAACGCACCUUCAGGGACAAUGCUCACUGCAAACUGAAAUACGGUGCCGCCUGGGACAGGUAUCGUAACAGAGUUAAGUAUGCCCUUUUGCCCAGAGUUUUUUAGGAUGUGUAGAAAUAUUUUUAUGGGCUGUUGUCAUUUACAUUUGAAACCAGUUGUGUAUGUAUAACUAGAAAAUAUGCAGAUGUCCCAGGGCUAUGUAGUAGGUUGUUAUGAGUGUCAAUUUAGGUAAUGUAAGCAAGUAAAAAAGCUGGAAAAGUGUAUUUAGAUAAAGUUUUUUGUAAAGCAUAGCCCAGGGACAUUUUGUAAUCAUUCAGAAAAUGGUAAUGGCCUUGUAUUUCUAUUGAGUUGAUGUAACAUUUAAAGAUGAUUUGUACAUUUGAACUGUAAAUGUUUUAUGUAUAAGCUGAUUUCGAAGUCUUUCUCAAUCAUCUCGCUUUUCAUAUUUCAUUUAAUUUCCACUGGUUUAACUGAAUGUUUAUUUUCAUUUUGUUUUUUAUAUUAUGUAUAUGUAUAGCUUAGCGGGACUACUUGAGAAGACUUUUGAAAUCAUGGUGUUUUUUUUUAUUGGAAAGGAGCAUUUU